AUGAAUUGUGGGUAUUCGCAAAGCGCCUUCUCCUACCAUGGCCUUGAAAUCAACAAGGCCAACCACACAGAGGUCGUCAAAUCACUCAUCAGGAAUUUCCUGGACGAUGUCCAGUUCGACCGCUCCCUACCAUUUCUCAAAGACCAUGAGCAGGAGGUCGCAACGUGGACCUACUUCAAGAGUUUGAAUCUUGGGCCACGGAAUGAGAAAGCCGUGGAAAAGGUCCUCAAGCUUUCUUCCACGCUGGUCGAGCAAUCUUAUACUUCCCUGCCUUUUGAGGUUCGAGUGAUCUGUACGAUACAGGUUGUGUACAUGUUUCUGGUGGAUGAUAUUGCCGAUGACUUUAUGGAGGAGCUGCGGUGCUUUGGCCAGAAUUUUAUUAUGAACAACGGCCAUAAACACCCCCUGCUCAGCAGAUUCGACAGCCAUUUACGAUAUCUGGCUCGGUAUUACGGUCCGUAUUGUCAUUCGACCAUCAUCAAGUCGAUCUUCGAUUAUAUAAACGGGCGGAUUAUCGAACACGAGAUGGAACAAACCCGCUUCACCUUUCCUGCCGAUUCGAGCUUAAUGCCUGUGUUUCUCCGGGGGAAAGUCGGCGCUGCGGAAGUCCUGGUGGCAAUGCUAUGGCCCAAGACUCUCUUCCCGGAGGACAAGUACUUGAUGCAAUACUUUCCGAUUACCCAGGAGCUGAUCACGUUCAUCGACUUCACCAAUGACAUCCUGUCGUAUUAUAAGGAGUUUGUGAUCCGAGACGAGAAGGGGAAUUUUGUGUCGAAUUUCGCAGAGACGCAUAACAUGACUUAUUUGGAUGUGUUACGGCAUCUUACCAGCUAUACUCCCAAGGUGUUGAUGUCCGUGUACAAAACCCUCCAAGAUAAAGAAUCCCUCCUCCAUCCCGUACAGGACUUUGUCAACGGCUGGAUCAUGUUAUGUACGGCGCAUCGACGGUAUCACCUGGUGGAGUUAUUUGCGGAUGAGGGAUACUUGCCUCCGUAUGAUGAAGAUGCCUAA